AUGCUACAAGGCCGUCGACGCUUCCUGAGCAAGCUCGCGCAGCCGCAGGACAUUGAGCGCCUCCGCCCGUUCGGGCGCGGCGACGACUGCGUGCGCCUGCAUCUUCCAGGCGCGCUUCCGGCAUGGGCAGCGUCGUUGCCUCACACGGCUGUGCUUGAGAUCUCGAAUGCGACGGCGCGCAACGCCUUUAGCGGCAAGAUGAUGGCCGAGUUCGCCGACGCCAUCUCCGAGCUUGAGGCGCAGUCGCCUUCGCUCUCGUCGGUCGUGCUGCGCGGUGCGGAUGGCCACUUUUGCUCCGGCGCCGACAUUCGCGUCGCGAAAGCGCAUUUGAGCUCACUCGACGGCGGCUCGCUGAUGAGUCGCGUGAUGACGUCGAGCUUGACGCGGCUGCGCAACUUGCCGCUGAUCAGCGUCGCACUCAUUGAAGGCGCGGCCAUUGGCGGUGGCGCAGAGCUCUCGACGGCCUGCGACUUUCGCCUCUUUGGCCUCGACGCCAAGGUGCAAUUCGUGCACGCCAACAUGGGGAUCUGUCCUGCGUGGGGUGGCGCCGCGCGUCUCGUCAAGCUCGUGGGUCGACAGCAAGCGCUGCGACUCCUCGCGCGCACCGAAGCCAUUUCUGCAGACCGUGCGCUCGCGAUGGGGUUUGCCGACGACGUCGCGACCGACGAGAUGGACAUGGACGCGACCGCACGCGCUUUUCUCGCACCCAUGGCCGCGAAGCACCCGCAUGUCGUCCGCAGUCUCAAGCGCGUUGUCAGCAAUGCGGAUGACAUUGCGCUCUCCAAGAUGCUGGACGCGGAGCACGCCGUGUUCCAGGAGCUUUGGGGCGGCCCCGCGAAUCUCGAGGCGCUUAGCCGCAGCAAUAUCAAGGCGCCAAAGAAAGAGUAGACGGCACCUAGCAACAGUACCCCUCUCAACGACGAUACCAUUAGACGCUUCGUCUUGAGUAGUUUUGCUUUUGGCGGACUGUGGCAUCCGCUUAAAUAUGGGU